AUAUAUUUGUUAGCAUUAAUCGCAUUGACAAAUGUUAAUGCAUUUCAAUCAAACGAUAUCUAUCAAGAUGUGAGGGAUUCAAGAAAUUUUACGGGAAAAGUAGUUUUGGUGACCGGAAGUAGUAAUGGAAUCGGGGAACAAAUUACAAAACUAUUCUCGGCAUUGGGUGCCAGUGUUGUGGUCACCGGUAGGAAAGAGGCAGAGGUUCAGAAAGUGGCCAAAGAAGUGCAAGAAUUGUCCCCAAAACAGCUCAAGCCGUUAGAGGUUGUGGCGGAUCUGACCAAAGAUGAAGAUAUUGAGCGUCUGUUCAAUGAGACAAUUAAGACAUUCAAUAGAUUGGAUGUAUUGGUCAAUAACGCCGGUCUGUAUUUGUCAGCCAAUGGAACCGAUAAAGACUUUUUGGAUGUAUUGGACAAAUCAGAGAGGAUUGAUGUCCGCACUUCACUACAACUCAUACGUCUGAGUGUCCCGUAUUUGCAAAAGACAAACGGAUCGGUAGUUAAUAUGGGCAGUACUUACACGGAAAGAUCGCAAAAAUCUCUGUUGGCCUACGAUUUGGCCAAACAAUCGCUGACAACCAUAACCAAUGUAUUGGCCAUAGAGUUGGGUCCACAGGGUAUACGACUUAAUACUGUUAGUCCGAGUAUUGUUCAAUCAUACGAUGGUAUGGAUGCUCUGGCAAAGAAAUGUGCCAAAUAUGCACCACUCGGACGAAUAGCCUUUCCCAUAGAUAUAGCCAAAGGAGUGAUAUUUUUGGCUUCAAGUGACGCUCAGUUCAUAACCGGUCAUAACCUGGUCAUUGAUGGCGGACUCAAGUAUAAUUUGGACUCGGACUUUAUAAAUCGUGUUUGA